CCCUUGAAAGACGCGAUGGCGGCUGCGGCGGCUCUUGCCGCCGCUGCCCGGGGCCGCCUCCGCGCCCUCCUCCGGCCGGUCGCCUGGCCGUUGCCGCCGGUGGACAGCUGUCGCCGCCUCGCUUCAGAUCUGCCCAAACACCUGCUUCCUGGGUCUUACCCCAAGACUUCAAAAGAGUGGGCAGCUGCUGCAAAGAAAUACAACCUGACAUUGGAGGACUAUAAGACAUACGCAGAUGAUGGUGUCGGUUAUGGUGACUAUCCCAAACUCCCAGACCAAUCCCUACAUGAAAGAAAUCCUUGGUAUGACUGGGAUCAACCUGAGCUGAGGCGCAAUUUUGGAGAACCACUGCACCGGAACUUUGAUUUGUUCGUACGGACACGGGUUGAUACAUCCCCCACCCCUGUUUCCUGGCAUAUCAUGAAGACUUAUUUCUGGGGGUUUCUUGGAAUCAUGUUAGUCAUGUUUAGUCUUGGUGAAAUAUUUCCAACGUAUCCCCCCGUGGCACCAAAGCAGUAUCCUUACGGUAAUUUGGAGAACAGAGGGGAUCCCAAUACAGAACCAGUGAAAAUUAAGCACUAUGAGAUUUAAAAGUCUCUGGAGUUGCAGUUUCUUUUUUGAUCUUUGGUAGACCUGUAUUUUGCCUAAUUCUUGUUGUUUUAAAGAUUCUCAUGGAAAAACAAUGGGUCUUUCAAUGUGCAACCUGUAGCCUAUCACUUUAUUCAUAAAGAAAGGGAGAAAAAAUUACAGAAUGUUUGGGUCAUUAUGUGUUGGGCAUAAGAAGGUUGAAUGGUAUAAGGAAAAGGAGAAUAAACAUAAUUAUGCAUACGAAUAUAUGGUGUAUUCAGUUUGGGCCUGUUAGUUCUUCCUAGCAGUGGUAUUGACGAAAUACCCUUGGGCUUCACAAAAUAAGCCAAAGCAGAUGUACAGUGACGCUUAAAUGUUUGUGAACCCUUUUGAACUUUCAAUAUUUCUGCAUAAAUAUGACCUAGAAUGUGAUCUGUUCUCCACACAAGUCCUAAAACAAGAUAAAGAGAAGCCAAUUAAAGAAAUGAGUCAAAAACAUCA